GACUUUGACCAUUAAAAAACUCUAGCUCGCACUGGGGUAUAGACCGUGACGUUAGAGUUCAUGUACAGUAGGCGAAUGUAUGUGUAAGCUCGACACUGGUGUUUAACUCUUUGUCUUCAACAGUUUCAAUACGGAUUUUAACAGCAACAUAUUAAUGUUCCUGUGAUGGCUACUUUCAAAGGUCAAGAAAAUGAGCACGUGACUGGGUGUGAGACUCCAAGCUGUGACAUACUAAAUGAUGUGCAGACUAUAAUCUACAGAGCAACGGAGGAUAUAGAAAGACUAUUAUCAAGAAUGGCAUCGCACAACCCAGAUCAGCUGACUUGCAACUUUCACAAGAAGGAUAAGUGUGAAAAAACUCAAUUAAAAAUUAAAUUUGACUUCUUGAACAACCUUAUGGAAAGGUUAAAACAAGAAUCUCUGAAACACUAUGAUGAGCACGAACUGACCCUCACUGGUCAGAUAAGAGGCCAGCGAGGCAGACUAGAUGCUAGACAGAACGUGAGGGAAACCCAGGGCCAGCGAGUGGCCAAGGAAGACAGUGGUAUUAGCAGCAUCACGAGUCAAGAGUUGGAGAGAGCCAUGACGAGCAACUCAAAGGAUGUGAAUGUUGCAGAGCUAGACAAAACAUUUCAAACCGCUUUAAAAACAGUGGAAAAAAUAUUGAGCAACGCUGACACUCAAGAUGCUGACACUCAAGCCGCUGACACUCAAGAUGCUGACACUCAAGAAGCUGACACUCAAGAUGCUGACACUCAAGAUGCUGUUACUGAAGCCGCUGACACUCAAGACGCUAACACAGAAGACGGACCAAACGAUGAGAUUCAAGAGAAAGAAUAAAAAGAACUACAUUCAAGGAUGAAAACCUGACAUUGGUGCCGGCAAUCAAGUUCAGCAACUCUUCAAAUGGAUAGAUACCCUUGCUCAUCUCGAGCUCAGCUUUUUGACACAUUUCCCUGUGGAUAAAAUUAUGAAAAGAUAUUUCUUUCACUGGGAUUAAUUUCCGUAACACUGAAAUGUAUCAAAGUAUUAGAAUAUAUGGGAUAGUUGAGUCCCUAAAGAUAUUAUUUUAAAACAUUUAGCCACGUUAUAAUAUUGAUAAAACAAUUAAAAAAACGUAUCACGUGACAGCCUUUAUGGAUUGCGUAUUUUGUAUAGAAGUGAUAGAGAACCACGUGGCUAAAAGUUGUCUGUUUACGAUUGGUGAAUGAGGUCCAUUGUGUGCGUAAGUAGAACUCAGAGUAGUUAGAUUGUUUGGUGUCUCCGGUGUACAAAAGGAAGGAAGUGUGGAGUAUCUAUGUGUGUUUCAAAAAGUUCAAUGAUUUUGAUAUUCCUAUUUGUAACCCUGCAGAAUCAAAUUUUUAUUUAACUUUUUUUUAGUUGGCAAUUGUGAAGUUAAAUUUAGCUUCUUGGGUCAUUGUUGACUUUGAUCGUGGAAAGUGUCCAGUCUAAACCCAAGUGGUGCUGUCCCAUCUACGAGAUGGCAGGAAUGACUGGAUUAUAUUUUAAAGGAAGUUCACAGUGCAACACUAAAGAUAGCAUGUUGUGAAUGUCGAAGUAUUAUCCGUGAAUACAAAUACAUUUAUUUACCUGUGAAUACAAGAGUGUGAAUACAAAUACAUUUAUUUACCUGUGAAUACAAGAGUGUGAAUACAAAUACAUUUAUUUACCUGUGAAUACAAGAGUGUGAAUACAAAUACAUUUAUUUACCUGUGAAUACAAGAGUGUGAAUACAAAUACAUUUAUUUACCUGUGAAUACAAGAGUGUGAAUACAAAUACAUUUAUUUACCUGUGAAUACAAAUACAUUUAUUUACCUGUGAAUACAAGAGUGUGAAUACAAAUACAUUAUUUUACUUGUGAAUACAAAUACAUUAUUUUACUUGUGAAUACAAAUACAUUAUUUUACUUGUGAAUACAAGUAAGUACAAUUAUUUAUCUGUGAAUGCAAAUAUCAAUAUUUACCUGGGAAUCGAAAUACAUAUAUUUAAAUGUGAAUAUCUUAGAGCUGUAAAUAUAAGGGGUGGCAGAGGCGUAGUGAAAGAGAGGCAGGGGAGCACGAUGCACCGGACGCCACCCUCAGGAGGACGCAACACGCAGAGAGGCGCCGAAAAAAUAAAUAAAUUGUAUUUUAGUUAAUUAAUACAUUCUAAGGUUAUUUGUAUUAUAUUAUUAUUAUGUUCAUGGGAAAUAGGGGGGGGGGGGGCAAUAAAGUUUCUUUCCCCUGGCGCAAACUUAGAUUGUAGUGUGCCGCGAUGGUGGUCAGCUUCCGUGUUUAUCUAAUCAAUCAAUAAUCUCCAUUUCAAAAAACUUUGGAGGAACCGAAUAUAUAUAUAUAUAUAUAUAUAUAUAUAUAUAUAUGCACAUUUGAGGCCAGAAGAGGAUCCGCUGCCGAGGACAGACGCAGACGUCAAAAAGAAAAUCUAAAUCGACCACCUGCGACAAUGCCCUGGUUGUGGCAAAAUAUCUGGGGCUGCAGAGCCUCGGGAAAUAGUUCAUUCUUCGGAAUCAAAGACAAGUCUUAUUAUUAUAAUAGGACCUAUCUAAAUAUAUAUAAAUUAUUCAAAGUCCGGACAUUUAUUGUCCGAAAUAGAUUAUUUCCCUUAAUGAUAAUAAUGAUAAAAGUAUUUUCAGUUUGUCAUUGUGCUGGCUGUACAGAACCUAUGAUCUCCAAUGAAUUGCUUUGCUUAUUAUCAAUGAACAUGUUCUACAGAAGGAGAUGUGAUAGCCUUGUUAUACACCUAAAACCAGACUUAUGAUCCAGAGCUCAAGUGUUGUAGAAAUACAUUUUUUUGUAGCACGAUUCUGUGAUAUUUUGGAAACCAUCAAUAUAAUACACAUCUAUCUUGUAGGUCGACGAGGCUAAAACCAUUGGCGCAAUAUUCUCAGAUACCUAAAAACUGUACAUUUUGAUUGGUUGCUUAUGUUGCUUCCAAGUCAUUUGUUUUGCAUGAAGGCUUGGAACGGUUUUCAGACAUAGACAUCACUGUCACGAUAGAUCUGCAGAACUGUGGAUCAUUGCUUGCUAGUUGGCGCGACCUAGAAAGAUAUAAUGCUACAAUACUGUAAUUUUUUUAAUAUUUAAAUUUCACUGUUAUCUGUUCAAUGUUGUCCGUUUACUUCUAUUAUUUGUUCACUAUUAUCUGUUUACUAUUGUAUGAUCACAAUAGUAUGUUCACUUUUAUUAUCUGUUCACUAAUGUAUGUUUACUACUAUAAGUUCACUACAAUUAUCUGUUCACUGUUAUAUGUUCUCUUCUGUUAUCUGUUCACUAUUGUAUAUUCGACUUUUGUAUGUUCACUAUUGUAUUUUCACUAUUGUAUAUUCACUAUGAAUGUUAACUAUUGUAUGUUAACUAUUGUAUGUUCACUAUUGUAUUUUCACUAAUGUAUGUUCACUAAUGUCUGUUUACUACUUUUUUGUUUACUACUAUUAUCUUUUCGCGGUAGCAUAGUGGUUAAGCGUUUGGCUUCCAAACCUGUGCUCCUGGGUUCGAAUCUCUGUGAAGACAGGGAUAUAUAAUUUCUUUUGUUCACUAUUUUCCUUUCACUUAUGUCAUCUUUUCACUACUGUUAGCUCACUAUUGCUGCUCCCUAUGUCCAUGUGCUUAUGUUUUUUGCACUGAUCUCUGUUCACUAUGUUUAGUUCACUAUUUUAUUCACUAUGUAUUUUUAGAUUUUAAACUAUCAUUACAUUUUUUUCUUUUGUAUUGUUGACAGUUUCAGCGGUGUACAUAUUUGUCAAAGGUUUUCAAUUAAUUGUGUCAUCAAAAGACCCACAUUAAGAAUAUUGGUUAAUAUUAAAAUGCAGCCAUUCCAAUUGUUAAAAAAAAGAGCAUAAAUGUUUUAAUACAUUUUUAAGUA